AAAAGAACGGGCGCCCUCUGCGGUCGGGAUGAUGAUUACAUUUCCCAUCAUGCAACACACCAACGCGCUUUUACCGGCCUCUCGCGAGAAUACGGCCUCUUCCCAGGCCGUCGUUGAAAGAGACACAGGCCAUGUUCAGUACCAGCGCGAAAAUAGUGAAGCCGAAUGGCGAAAAGCCAGACGAGUUUGAGUCUGGCAUUUCCCAGGCUCUUCUUGAGCUGGAGAUGAACUCUGAUUUGAAGGCUCAGCUGAGGGAACUCCACAUCACCGCUGCUAAGGAAAUUGAGGUUGGUGGUAGCAGGAAAGCCAUCAUCAUCUUUGUUCCUGUGCCUCAGUUGAAAUCCUUCCAGAAGAUCCAGGUGAGGCUCGUGCGUGAGCUGGAGAAAAAAUUCAGCGGCAAGCAUGUGGUGUUCAUCGCUCAGAGAAGAAUCCUGCCUAAACCCACAAGGAAAAGCCGCAUUAAAAACAAGCAGAAGCGUCCCAGGAGCCGAACUCUGACUAACGUACAUGAUGCUAUCCUUGAGGACCUGGUCUUUCCCAGCGAAAUUGUUGGCAAAAGGAUUCGCGUGAAACUGGACAGCAGCAGGCUCAUCAAGGUCCACCUCGACAAGGCACAGCAAAACAAUGUUGAACACAAAGUUGAGACCUUCUCUGGUGUCUAUAAGAAGCUCACAGGCAAGGAUGUGAUAUUUGAAUUCCCGGAGUUCCAACUGUAAAGUGCAGAUGACAAAAUAAAUUUGUUUACUGUCA